GGUACCAGACCGCUGCCAGCGCACCGCAGCGCUGGGCGAGUGCGCGGCAGGUGAGGGGUGGCUCCGCGUGGCUCUUCUGGGGCGCUGCGCGGUACCGCACCCUCUGGCGCCCCGGGACCAUACUCUUGAUGCAGAUGCAGAGCAAACCCCAGAAACCCUUGCCUGCCACGCACUUCUCAUCUUUCACGGUGGACGAUGUUGCCUGCAGAUCCAGGCUGGACAUUAUGGGCUGCCCAGGUGAAGGACUUCCCUCUCAUCCUCCAUUCUCCUGACACGCAGCCCAGUUAGCUCUCAGCCUCCCCUGUCCCUGUCCAUCACCCCUCUGCUGAGGAAGAGCAAAGUGCUGCAUCACUCAGGAGCUGGGAUCCCCUGACCGAACCCAACUGCUCUUGUGCACAAGUGAGGAGACCAACGUGCGGAAAGGUUAAGACAGAUUUUUUAAAAAGCCUCAUGAGGCAUAACACCAUUGCUGGAUGUCUGGUAAAAUUAAGAAAUCUGGCUGCAUGAGAUGUAGUCUACAUGGGCAACAGGCUAUUACCUGGAAUCAGAGAACUAAAUGAGCCAGACUUUCCUUAAUUCUAAAAGUUCUCUUUUCCACUUCAAGAUGCCUUUGUACUAAUAAAUGCAAACUGACAACUCUCAAGGACACGACAGACAGAAAAAUCAUUACUCCUGGAAGCCUAGAAGACCACCCUUAAUAAAGGAAAGUCCCUGAUUGUUGUUUGAAAUGCUGAGGAAGUUGCUACGAAGGAGACUUUUUUCUUAUCCCACUAAAUAUUACUUCUUGCUUCUCGUUUUUUCCCUAGUUACUUUCUCUGUUUUAAGAAUUUAUCAAAAGCCUGAAUUUGUCAGUGUUGAACAUUUGGAGCUGGUCGGAGAGAAUCCUAGUAGUAAUAUUAACUGCACCAAAGUUUUACAGGGUGAUAUAAAUGAAAUCGAAAAGGCAAAACUUGAGAUUCUAACAGUGAAAUUUGGAAGGCGACCUCGGUGGACAAACUUUGACUAUAUAAACAUGACUAGUGAUUGUACUUCUUUCAUCAAGAAGCGCAAGUAUAUUGUAGAACCCCUUAGUAAAGAAGAGGAAAAGUUUCCAAUAGCAUAUUCCAUAGUGGUUCAUCACAAAAUUGAAAUGCUUGACAGGCUCUUGAGGGCCAUCUACAUGCCUCAGAAUUUCUAUUGCAUUCAUGUGGACAAAAAAUCAGAGGAUUCCUUUUUGGCUGCGGUGAUUGGCAUUGCAUCCUGUUUCAGUAACGUCUUUGUGGCCAGUCGGCUGGAGACUGUCGUGUAUGCAUCGUGGAGUCGGGUUCAGGCGGAUCUCAACUGUAUGCAGGACCUCUACCGAAUGAGUGCAGACUGGAAGUACUUGAUAAAUCUUUGUGGUAUGGAUUUUCCUAUUAAAACCAACCUGGAAAUUGUCAGGACGCUCAAGUCGUUAAACGGAGAAAACAACCUAGAAACUGAGAAAAUGCCAUCCAAUAAAAAAGAAAGGUGGAAAAAGCAUUAUACCAUUGUUAAUGGAAAACUGACAAACACAGGGACAGACAAAUUACAGCCUCCUCUUGAAACACCUCUGUUUUCAGGCAGUGCCUAUUUUGUGGUCAGUAGGAAUUAUGUGGAGUAUGUGCUAGAGAAUGAAAAAAUCCAAAAGUUUAUGGAGUGGGCAAAAGACACAUACAGCCCAGAUGAGUAUCUCUGGGCCACUAUUCAGAGGAUCCCUGAAGUCCCAGGCUCACUGUCCCUAAGCCAUAAGUAUGACAUGUCCGACAUGCAUGCAAUUGCUAGGUUUGUCAAGUGGCAGUACUUUGAAGGUGAUGUUUCCAAGGGCGCCCCCUACCCGCCCUGCAGUGGUGUCCACGUACGCUCCGUGUGUGUUUUUGGAGCAGGUGACUUGAACUGGAUGUUGCGCAAGCACCACUUGUUUGCUAAUAAGUUUGACACAGAUAUCGACCUCUUUGCCAUCCAGUGUUUGGAUGAGCAUUUGAGGCAUAAAGCCCUGGAGACGUUAAAACACUGACCAUUCAUUGUACGCAAUUUUAGAUAGUAAGGCUACAUGAGACGUACCCUCAUCUGAUUCUUCUGCUCAGAAAAACAGGAGGGGGAGCUCUUUGGACCAGGGACUUCAACUCUUCCAUGUCAGAGAAGCGACAUGGUGUCUGCAGAGCACAUUCCGUUAGAAAGCUUAUGGCGUUAAACAUUGGCUUGGAGUUAACAUGAGGCCAGGGCAGGAUGUGAGGCAUUGUGGGGAGAGGUGGCCCAUGUGGCCGGGAAAGAGGCCGAAUGCAAAAACCAGCCUGUUAAAAGAGCUCAGGGACUUAACAAAAUGAUGAUUUGACCUGUGCCAAAAUUACUUUGAGAGGUUCAAAUAUGAUCGUUUUCCUGAUCUGAAUGAAUUUAUAGUAACAACCAAUCCUAAGGAUAUAAUUUAUAUUGUAGGUUAUAUUUGUUGAAUUAGAAAUUUGCCUUUACUAUAAAGGAUUCUUACGGAUAAUUUACUUUCUGCUGUAACAUUGCAUUGUGUAGUGUAUCUGUGUAUGUCUUCUCAGGGAACUUGAGAAAAUGGGCUUGACUGAAUGUAAAUAUUUCUGACUAAUUUUUGCUUCUACCAAUGUACAUAUGUUUUUAAAAACAAAAAAGGGCAAUUUCUAGUUUAGUUGAUUCUAUGAAUCAUCUUAGAUUAUUAGAAAAGAUAUCUUAGGUUAUUAAAAGAGUUAAGAUAUCUUUAUUAUUAUAGUUUCUACAGAGUAACACUCAAUUUUCCAAACAUUUGUCUCUACUCCUCCCCCCAAACAUUGCUAUUAAGCUAUGUAAGAACUUGUUUUCAUGGUACCCCAGUUUCAUGAUUGCUUCAGUUCUCUUAUAUGAUUGGAUUGACAAUAAUUAGUGUAGAGAACUAAAACAGAAAACAGAAAGAACUAAAACAGAAAGGAUGAAAUAGGUGUGGAGUGGGGAAGAGAAGGAGUCACAUUUAGACAACUUCUGAGGCCUAUGAUGAGUGUUAAAAACCAGCAUUUGGCACUAUCCGCAGAUGUUAAGGCUGUUGCUCUUUGCUUGUGUCUAACCUCCCAGAGUCUUGUAUCCUAAUGUCACUUGUGUCUCCCUUUGAAAGGAACUGGCUUCCACUGUCCUUGGUUCUCCAUGUCACCUGCGCAUUGGUUGCUCCUUAGCCCUUGGGUUGUAAGUUUUCGUCUCU